AUGUCUAAAAAGAAGGAAGAAAAGGAUGAAGGCGGCAAGAGUGUUGACCCUACUGCAUUUUUAAAGGACUUUGCCGCUGGCGGAAUAUCCGCUGCAGUGUCAAAAACAGCUAUGGCGCCUAUGGAAAGAGUGAAGCUCAUUUUGCAAGUUCAGCAUGUAUCAAAACAAAUAUCUGAAGAUAAACGGUACAAAGGCAUUAUAGAUGCGUUUAUACGGAUACCGAAGGAACAAGGUCUGGCAUCAUUGUGGAGAGGGAAUCUAGCUAAUGUAAUCCGUUACUUUCCAACACAGGCAUUAAAUUUUGCUUUUAAGGAUGUAUACAAAAAAGUUUUCUUAGAGGGCGUUGAUAAAAACGAACGUUUUUGGCGGUAUUUUGCUGGUAAUUUAGCAUCUGGUGGUGCAGCCGGAGCAACUUCACUGUGCUUUGUGUAUCCUUUGGAUUAUGCUCGAACCAGAUUAGCUGCUGAUGUCGGAAAAGGCAAAGGAAAGGAAUUUAACGGUCUCAUUGAUUGCUUGACGAAGACUCUUAAAUCUGAUGGGCCUUUGGGAUGGUAUCGAGGUUUCAUUGUCUCUGUGCAGGGUAUAAUAAUUUAUCGUGCGACAUAUUUUGGACUUUACGAUACAGCGCGUGGUAUGCUUCCGGAUCCAAAAAAUACAUCUUUGUUCUUUACUUGGCUAAUUGCUCAGACUGUAACAACGAUCGCGGGGAUCACGUCAUAUCCACUAGAUACAGUGAGGCGGCGAAUGAUGAUGCAGUCCGGACGGCCGGUGCAUGAACGACAGUACAAGAACACAGUUCAUUGUUGGGCCACCAUCUUGAGGACGGAGGGCCCUGGGGCAUUCUUUAAAGGCGCCUUUUCAAAUGUUCUUCGAGGUACUGGUGGAGCAUUUGUAUUGGUACUCUAUGAUGAAGUUAAAAAAUUGCUCUAA